AUGGAAGACGAGUUGGCAACCCUUUUUAACCAGCAAAUGAGCAUGCGUUCUCUUCCAUCCCAACCUGAGCCCCAACCGAUCUCCUACAGCAUCUCCCAGCAUUAUCACCACUCCUCCCACGUAGCAUCAAUUCCAAGCCACCAGAUCGCCCCCGAUGCCCCCGCAAAUGACUCUACGUCCGGUAUAAUGGAGAUCCUAUGGCAGCAUGGGAUAGACCCGAGUUCUCUGUCCCCUAGCCAGUUGGAUCUAUUCAAGCAUGCAGACCUUGAGCAGAAACAGCGUUUGGUCCAAACCUGGCAAGUGUACAUGCGAUCGACAGGCCCCCUGUCCGAGUCGACCAACAGCACCUGUGACUCCGAGGAUCUCGACAUGAAUGUGGCCCGAGACGAAGCCGAGCCUUACAUGAGGAAUGGAUACGAGCCGAAUGCACUGCCCAUAGAGCCUACGACUGGAAGACCCUAUGCGUCCGCGAAGGACCCGGUGUAUAAUUCCCGUCACUGGUGGGAGACAGCGCACACGGCGCCCAUAGAAUCACAAUAUGGAGCCUUUGAGGAGAUGAACCGGUGCUACUGA